AGUCUCGUCCGCUCGCGUCGUACCGGCUCAAGGAAAUAUCGGCCCAGUGCCCCGACAUCGAGCUCCCCGACCCUUCCCUUCCCCGAGAGAGCUUUCCAUUAUCCAGUUUCGAAGCUUCAAGUCGAAUUGGCACAAUGAAGGACUCGGCUGCGUCCAUCUCUCUGGUGCUCGUGUGCUGCGCGAGCGUCCUCGUGCUGGGGACGAGCGCCGAGAUAGAGCAGCGAACAGCCAGACAAUCGGUCGAGGAGUCUCCGGAAGGACUUGCGUCCACCUUAAACAAGGAUUGCGGAAAGUCCUACAGCGCAACGUGCCUCAAACUGGACGUCGUUUCUUUCCUGGAUAAGCUCGGUGAAACGGAGGACCUGGGAAUACUACCGGGUGUGUCGCUAAUCAAGGAGAAUGGCCCAAAGGAUGUUCCUGCCUCCGAGAUCGUUGCAAAUCUGGCCAGAGACUUUCCGAAUGACGUGGACAAGCGUCUCGACGCCUACCUCAUUCACAAGGUCGGCAGUUACCUCAACAGCCAUGCCAUCUCGAUAAAACUCUUCGACCCGAGAACCUUUGAGGCCGCUCGGGCCUUCAACGAGGAGACGCUCGCCCAACUGGGACUUUCGGGAAACCAAAAUGUUGAGACUGGACGCAAAAAGGACAAAGGUGGAAUGGGCACUCUGAUGGCGGGCCUUAUGAUGAUGAAAGGGACCCUGGGAGCAGUGGGCUUCGGCGCUUUGGCCCUUCUCGCCGGUAAGGCUCUGAUGACAGGAUUGAUGGCCCUGAUGCUCUCCGCCAUUGUUGGGCUCAAGUCGCUGGCCGGCGGUGGCGAAAAGAAGACGACCUACGAAAUCGUGAGCAAGCCCGUGUACACGAGUUCGCACACCCACAGCUCGGAGGAGCAUCAUGGUCACGGAUACGGCCACUCCGGAUACGGACGGUCGCUCGAUUCGAUCCACGAGAACCUCCACGACGCCGUCCUCAAGUACGGCAACGUUCGCGACCGCAGAUCCCUCCGGCAGAAUUAGUUAAUUCUUUAAUUCGUUUCACCUUCCGCAAAUCCAUCUUCCUUCCUCUUUCGACGCUGUUGCGCCUCUGCUUGUGAGCGGUGACGUCCGUCAUAACGUCCGUCAACCACUGCAGCAACUUUAUUCUCUCUCUCUCUCUCUCUCUCUCUCUCUCUCUGUUCGUUUAAUGUCCCGUCUUUCAUCUCUCUUCUUCUUCUUCUUCUUCUUCUUCUACCAUCAAUCUCCUACUCAUUCCGGCAGUGGCAAAUCCCCACUUACCGUUAG